AUGUUGAGCAAAGGUAUACCCCUUUGCGGCUUUGAGCAAGCCGACGUGUUGCGGAUAUCCUGGCAGCAACGGUACCAAUACAACUUUAAUAAAUCCAACCUGCGGAUAGCCCUUGAGGCCAUCAACACAGUGAUGUCGCUCAUCUCGGUAUCCGUAUACGUGUACGACACGUACGUACCCAUUGAUGACCUGGCGCGCAAGACGUACCUUGCUUGCUCCUGCACCUUCACGGUGGAGUACGUGCUUAAAUUGCUGGCUGCCGAUGACUGGCUGUCGUACAUGUUUUGGAGCUGGGCGCUGAUCGACGUUGCGACCAUUGUCUACGGCAUUGCCUACUACGUCGACAUCGACGUUUCUAACGAUCUAGGAUUCGUUCGGCUAUUGCGAAUCAUCCAGGUGGUCCGGUUGUGCAAGUCCAUCACGUCUCUUGUGCUGCAAUAUACUCGACACACUUCACAGCCGAUGCAGCUAGAGUUGGUCCGGCUGAGUGCAGAUGUGGCCAUGACGUUGGUGGCUGUGAUCUUCAUUUCCGGCUGCGUCUUCUACGAGUUAGAAGUGGUCCAGGGGGAUCUCCAGCUGCACAACGCCAUUUACUGGGCGUGUGUCACCUUCUCCACCAUCGGCUACGGGGACUACGCGCCGGGGACAGUCGCCGGGCAGUUAUUGUUCCCGUUCAUCAUCCUUGUAGUCAUUAUUUUACUACCCAGGAAGGUAUCGCAUCUGACGGAUAUGAUGAAGACUUUUAGCCGCUUUGUCCUCCGCUGCCACCGUUCCCACCGCUUUGGCCAACAUGUCGUACUUACCGGCCACGUGACGUGGCUCUCUGCCCAGACCUUCAUCACAGAGUUCUACCACCAGGGCCGGGGGUAUCAGGACUUGGACGUGGUGGUGUUGUGCCCUAGAGACCCUGAGCCCCAGCUGGUCAUCACCAUGAACAACCCUAGGUGGGAGCAGCGAAUCAAGUACCUAAACGGCUCACCCUUCCAGGCUGAGGAUCUUGCCCGUGCCGACACGGGCCGUGCGCUGGCUGUGUUUGUGCUGGCGAACAAAUACGCGGCCGACCCACGGGUCGAGGACAGCCGUACGUUGCUGGCGGUGCAGGCGGUGGCUCAGUUCCUGCGACAGUUCGGCAGUCCCGGGGAUCUGAUGCCCCCUCGAGUUGUAAACUGGAGCGCCACCAGCUGGAAGGGGCGACACAUCCUGUUCCUGUUGAAUGAAACCCUGGACCACGCCAUUUCCCUGCUGCGCUCCGGAGUCAGACAUCCCCCGGAGCUGGGGCUGCUACCGCUAGACAUCAGCCCCUUCCCUGUGUGGGUUGUGGGGGCUUGGUGUGUGGGCAGUCUACGUGCCGCCCUGCUGGGUGCCGCCCUACACACGCCCGGCCUCAUAGCCCUAAUAGCCAACCUGUGUAUCAGCUCCACCCUGACCAGGAGCACGAUGAGGGGCAGGGAGGACGUGUCCAUGCUGACCCAUUGCGGCUGGCUGUCCGAGUACCUCGGCGGGGCCAGUGUUGAAAUAUACGAUGUCACAUUUCCUAGGCCGUACUGGGGCCUUACGUUCAAGCAGGCGGCUCUCAAGCUGUGGCGCGAGGAGGAGGUCAUACUCAUAGGUGUGCGCAUGGCCCACCACAGAGACAUGGAACAGAGCUUUGACGUCAAACUGGCGCCCAUGGGGGGCAGCAGCUCUGCGGCAGCCGCCGCCGCCGCCGCGGCGGCGGCGGCGGCCACGGCGACCCACCACGACGUCAGCCGCCACACCGACCAACCCCAUUACCACGACCAUGCGGACAACCCGUACAUGGACGAGCACACGGCUUUUGCUGCACAGGAGGAGGAGGAGGAGGAGGCGAUGCCGCUGAGCAGUCUUUACCUGGAGCACCAACGACAGCUUGUGAAGCAGCAGCAGCACGUGGAGCAGCAAGCAGAGGAAGCGAUGCAGCAGCAGCAGCAGCAGCAGCAGCUGUCAUCCACGGCGCCUGAUGCACUAGAAUCCGCCAGCAUCAACACGCUACAGCCGGUCAUUGCUACCCCGCUAACUGAAAUGCCCACCGCCUGCACGUCAGCUGCUCCUGAUGCUGCCACUGCUACUCCUGCUGCUGCUCCUGCUGCUCCUGCUCCUGCUGUUGCUAGCGGCAGUGGAAACGUGGAGACGGUCUUGGACCAGGGAUUCGACGUUGCAGUAUUCACAGAUGCCGGUGCCGGAGGAAGGUCCGCUGUUCUCAACACGUCGUCGGUGCCGGCGGCGUCGGUGGCGGCGGCAGCAUUCACCUCCUCCGUCAGUGUGGGCGUGCUCCGGAACCGGUCGACGCCUGCCUUGAGCAGUUUGCCUAGUCUGGUACGGAUCUCGGAGACGCCGGAGGGGAUCACUGGCCAACAGGCGCCGCCGACGGCGGCGGCGGCGGCGGCAACGGCGGCGCCGGUUUUCGCGGGCCAGCCAUCGGCCCCGACUAUAAUAGCACCGCCAACGGCGGCGGCGCUUGUGUGUGAGCGGCAGAAUCCAGAACUGCCAAACGAGGCGGCAGUUGCGGCGGCGGUGGAGGCGGCGGGUGGCGGCGACGGCAGCGGCGAUGGAGGGGCUUCCCGAUGGCGCCGCGUGACACCGCCACCGCCACCGCCACAGCUAGAAGAGUCCGUACAUUCGUUGCACUCGAUGCCGUCGGUACCUUCCCUGCAGUCAGUGCAGUCAUGUUUGCAUGACGGGAUGGCGCAAAUUGAGGCGACGGCGGUGGCGGCGGCACUAUCGAUGGCGGCAGCGCCGGCGCCGGCGCAGCCGGCAACAAGGCGAACUAGGGAAUCGUGGCUCACCGCCGCCGGCCGCUUGACCAGGUUGACCAUCCGCUCCAUGCCUGCGGCCAAGGUGUCCAUGUCCGGCCGCUCCUCGGCGUCGCAGUACACCGACGUCAGCGGCGGCGACGGUGACGGCGGCGGCGGGAGCCGCCGCUCUUUUGUGAGCCAGCGCUCAUGGGCGAUUUCCUCCAUGGACGCUGCCGCUGCCGCUGCCGCCGCCGUCGCUGCUGCCGCCGCCAGCACCAGCACCACCGCGCAGUCCCACGGCGGCGGCGGCGGCGGCAACUUGGCCACAAGCACCAAGCGACAGCAGGGCCUCAAAGCCACCACACGUGCCCCCGAUCUUCAUGCCUUGGCUGCCGUUAGCAGCUUCAAGUAUCGCCGCGCGACGGCUCGUCAUACAUCAUGGCAGGCCGCUGACGUUACGCUGCCGGUCCCCACGUCCCCAUCGCGGUUGCCGUCGGGAAGAAGCUCGGAGUCUAGGUCGGUCUCGGGCUCGCAAUCGGGAUCCCCUUCGAAUUCGGAUUCCGGCUCCAGUUCAAAUUUGGAUUUGAACUCUGGUACCGGCGCGAGUUUGAGCUUGGGGCCGGCGGCACCACCGAGCUCCAGGGGGGGUGAAGAGGGCCAGGGACACAGGGACGAAGCCGUUGCUGAGCCGCCACCACCGCCGCCGCAGCUGCAGCCGGCGCUGAUGAUGCAGCUUCCGCCGCCGCCGCCGCUGCCGCCGCCGCCGCACCAGCGGGAAGAAGGCAGCGCUCGUGAUUUCAAAACCUGCCCGAUCGUCAUAUUCGAUGAUAGCAAAGACGACAAGGGUGCGCUGAGUGACGGCCAGCUGGCCGACCUGGCCUCCCUCCCUGGCGCGCUGCCACACCGCAUUUUUGUCCUCAAAGCCGACCCCUGGAAUCCUGUAACGGACCUGAGGAAGCUAAAGUUGAAGCGGGGAUCCUCGGUCUCUGCGCUGCUAGUACCCAGCAAGGACUUAUUCACCGAGGCGGCCGUGGUGGGGUCGGAGCCAGCCAUGGCGGACGGGCAAAUACUGGUGGUGGCUGCGGCCCUUCGGAGGUAUUGCGAAGAGAUGGACUGCGAGUUGCGAGUUGUGGCUGAAGUUCUGGCACUGAUCAACAGCUCCUAUGCGCUGCCGCUGUGUCUGGCCGAGGGACCCUACGUAACCAACAAGGAGCCUCUUCCGGAGGAGUUCGUACAGGAGAUGCUGACGGAGAUGCCCCACCUGGCUCCCUCCCUGGCGCCGGGGCACAUCCUCAUGCAAACCAUGAUGGAUGCGCUGGCCUGCCAGAGCAUCUUCAAUCCCAUGCUCCUUCAAAUCCUCCUCAAGAUGCUCAACUGCUGGGAUGUCAUUUCAUGGGACGCUUGGGUGCGAUGUCAACCCCAGCAUCAGCCCCAGCAGCAACAGCCCCAGCAGCAUCAGCGCCACCACUAUCAUCAGCAGAAGCUGCAGCAGCGCAUGGAUGCUGCCGGGGCGCUAGCAUUAAAGGCACGAUCGGUGCACUAUGCUGACCGUUGCAGCGUCGGCGGUGGCGGCGGAGGCGGCGGUGAUGGUGCGUGCACGGAGCCGGACUUGCUGCCACCUUCCGAGUCCGCCGCCGCGGAAGUUAUGCAACAUGAGGGUUGGGAGGAAUCGCCAUUCGGGCCAGGACGAGGCCUAGGGGAUGGUGGCCUGGGCCGCCGGGAGCCGAAGAAGUCCGGCGGCGGGGCGGUGGGGGAGGCUUCGGAGGGCGCGAGCUUGGUGACCCCGCCGCCGUCUCCGCCGCCCCAAGCGGCGGCAUGCGAGUCGCCGUUCGAAGCGGAGCAGCAGCAGCAGCAGGAGCAGCAGCAGCAGCUGCAAGGAGAACAGGACUCCAGCAGCAUCAACUUCGGUGCGCUGUUUGAGGUGCUUGUGGAAGACUAUGACGUGAUGCCGCUGGCGUUGUACAGGCGCGAUUGCGGCGGCGGCAGCGGCGGCCCUGCAGGUGGCGCCAGUCGGCUGGACGAGCAAGCGAGUAGGGGAACCCCGCAGGCGGCGUCGUGGUUGCCGUACGUGUAUACCAAGCCGAACAAAAACGACACGUGGCUGCGUGAAUCGGACGACGUCUACCUGCUGGCUUCGCAGGCAGUCGUGAUGCGCUUUUGGGGUGGCAAAGCCACUUGA